AUGAACACACCGAUGCCACCGUUCCGACGGCUGCUGCCGGGCGCCCAUCAGAUGUGCUACCAGAACACGGUGGCUGUCCAUGUCAACGGCGCCAUGUGGCUGGGAUUUAUUCAGGAUAUCGACGGAGACCGCGUGUUCAUCGAUUUCGACUCGAAGAAAGCCGAAGCCAGAUGGUUCGAAGCAGCGUGCGUGUAUAUUCUGCCGUCGUAUUAUCAGUACCAGAACCGCCAGCGCGACCGACCCAUCUACGCGGCACUCCGCGACGAAGACGACGGUCCGUUCCGCUUUCAGUCGGUUGUUGUACUGCAUGCAAUCGCGCAGGGUAUGUAUUACGUCAGAACCAAUGCCCAGUGCAUUACCAGCAGUAAUUCAGUCGGGGUUCGCACUGAAUUGGUGGACGAAUGCCAGAUCCUCGGUCCGGAGUGGUUUACUGCGCCGACGAUGGUGCAGCGCGGGAGGGGGCUGCUGUAUACGAAGUAUUUCGUUCCCUUCAUGGCGAUGGCCCACCAAGUGCUCAGCGAACCGGCCGAUCGCUCGCGGAUUAUUAAACAUUUUCGCGACGCCUUUGGGUCUGAUGGCGGGCUAGGGAACCUGACGGAUUGCUGCCGGUUUCACCUGCGCGUCCUAGCCAACGGCUGCGUGUUUGUGGUGAUCGGCGUCGGAAGGAGCGCGGACGCACAGCGGAUGACGUUCAUGAAGCUGGCGAUAAUGUUGCCGAGGCAUGUAUGGAGCCGGGCCGGUCUGCUGCCAAUUCGUUUUGAUGAUGGCUCCAGCAUCGGCAUCGACGACUUCCGAAUGGAGUCAUCGUGUUCAGCAACGUGCCUUGGUUAUCUGCCGCAUUGGAUCUUCAGUGAAAUCUUUUCUUACCUGGAUCUGCAUUCACACAUGAAGCUCCAGCGGGUGUGCGCAUUAUGGCACGAACUGCUGCGCCAUCCCCGCGCCACCGAGCACAUUCGCGUGUGUUUGGACAGCAUGACCAGAAAAACCACGUCCGACAACUGCAACGCCUUCCGAGUGGCAAUGCUGCUGAUGUGCUCCAUCAAAGCCGCGACCAAAAGCUUGACGGUGAUCACGCGCUCUUUGGGCGAUCACGAGUGCUUCCUGGUCUCCUUACUGAAGGCCAUGGAAGCCGUGGAGGUUCACCUACCCCUGCUGAUACUCAAGAACUUCACCGUUGACCGCCGCGGACGUAGUGUCCGGGACGAGGACUUCAAGAUGGUGCCAUCUACAGAUAUGACAGCCGAUGUCGUGUUGUUUGAAGAGAGCUGUGAACGGAUUGUGCUGCACAACUGGAAAGUCAGUCACCUGUUUGGCCGGGUGAUGUACAAAAUCUUUGUUGACAAUCGAUUCAAUUUUCGCAAUCUGCAUCCCUUGCCACGUCGGGAAAGGGACUUGAUGCGGCCUCUCGGGUGGGGCCAUGUGCUGGCCAUUGAUCAUUCAGAGAUCACGGUGCCGCGAGUGGUUCUCGACUGCCGCGAAGGCCAGCCCAACAUGGUCAGCCGCAUCCUGUGGGCCGUCAACGAACACUUUCCGCCGGUUACCCAGGAGAUGCAUACAAAGGUCAGGGCUAUUUACGCUCGUUGGGUGCGUUGCCUGGCAUAUCCGGCCGAGUGGGAAACCGUUCGCUGCUACCUUUCACGGUUUAGUGGCUUUCAUUCGGACGGCACACCGCGAUCAUGGGUUAACGUCGAUUUGCGACUGGUGGACCCCGGCGACCUGAGCAAAAUGGCACUACACGGGAUCAACGAAGUAUUCCUGGUUGGCCACUAGCCACGCAUACGUGUUGGGACACUGCAUCGCUUCCGAAUUGCGUAUUCUCGCUGUUUGCCUUAGGUAAUGUACUGAAGGACGUAGCUGACUGUUCAACGGAUUUAGAAUUUCCAUGUGAGAUAUUUAUUGCUUAGGGAUGUUGU